AUGUACACGUGGGAGAUGUCCUGGUUCAACUGCCACCACGGCUUCUUAGAGGGCAUCGUGCGCGGGCACAGGGCGGGCCUGCUGACGGCCCCGGACUACAAUAAUCUGUGCCAGUGCGAGAACCUGGAGGAUAUCAAGCUCAACCUGGGUGGCUCUGACUACGCGAACUACGUGCAGAACGCGCCCUCGCCGCUGUCGACGACGGGAAUCAUCCAGAAGUGCAUGGACAAGCUGGUUGCGGACUGGAAGCACAUGCGGGCAAACGCGGACGAGCCUCUGGCCACGUUCAUGGACUACUGCACCUACGGGCACAUGAUCGACAACGUCGUCCUCAUGGUGACGGGAACGCUCCACGAGCGGGAGGUUGGCGAGCUGAUGGAAAAGUGCCACCCGCUGGGCAUGUUCGACUCGAUCGCGACCGUCGCCGCCGCGCAGUCCAUGAAGGAGCUCUACCGCCUGGUGCUGGUCGACACGCCGUUGGCGCCGUACUUCUCCGAGUGCCUCACCUCGGACGACCUGGACGAGAUGAACAUCGAGGUCAUGCGCAACACCCUCCACCGCGCCUACCUCGAGGACUUCCACCGCCUGUGUCAGUCUAUCGGUGGCGGGACGGCAGCCAUUAUGGGCGAGCUGCUCGCGUUCGAGGCGGACCGCCGCGCCCUCAACAUCACGCUCAACUCCAUCGGGACCGAGCUCACCCGCGAGGACCGCCGGCGCCUGUACGCCUCCCUCGGGCAGCUGCACCCCACGGGCCACUAUGAGCUCUCCCUGGCCGAGGACUACGACGCCGUGCGCACCGCAGUGGAGAAAGUGCCGCAGUACAAACAGUUCUUCUCUCAGAUGUCGUUCGGGGAGAGCCAGAUGCUCGACAAGAUCCUGUACACCGAGGAUGUGCGGUUGAUGACGGCGUGCUUUGAACAGCAGUUCCACUUCGGGGUGUUCUACGCGUUCCUGCGCCUGCGCGAGCAGGAGAUCCGCAACAUCAUGUGGAUCUCCGAGUGCAUUUCGCAGGGGCAGAAGCACCGCGUGCAGGACGGCAUCGUGAUCAUCUUCUGA